GCUGCUGGAAAGAACUGCAGCACCUGGGCUGGGAAGGCAGGUUCCUUAAGUCCAGGGUGCAUUUCCUCAACAAUGUGCCCCAUGCAGAGAACUCAGAGAAUGUGGCCAAAGCGGGACUCAGCUGAAGAAUGAUACUCGGUGGUUCCAGAACCAUGCAUUCUGCAUUUGUCUUGAACGGAUUCUAGAGAGAUGGAUUUGUAUGAGGACUACCAGUCACCAUUUGAUUUUGACAAAGGAAUGAACCAAAACUAUCUCUACUUGUCUCCUAGUGGAAAUCCAUCUCCACCCGGAUCACCUACUCUUCAGAAAUGUGGUCUGCUGCGAACAGACCCAGCACCGGAGGAAGGAGAAGAUGUUGCUGCCACCAUCAGUGCCACAGAAACCCUGUCGGAGGAGGAGCAAGAGGAGCUGAAAAGAGAACUCGUAAAGGUAGAAGAGGAAAUCCAGACUCUGUCUCAAGUGUUAACAGCAAAAGAGAAGCAUCUAGCAGAGAUCAAGCGGAAACUUGGAAUCAACUCACUGCAGGAACUAAAGCAGAACAUUGCCAAAGGGUGGCAAGAUGUGACAGCAACAUCUGCAUACAGGAAGACGUCUGAAACCUUGUCUCAAGCUGGACAGAAGGCUUCUGCUGCUUUUUCAUCUGUUGGAUCAGUCAUCACUAAAAAGCUGGAAGACGUAAAAUUGCAAGCCUUUUCACAUUCUUUUAGUAUACGCUCCAUUCAACAUUCAAUUAGCAUGCCUGCUAUGAGAAACUCCCCGACUUUCAAAUCAUUUGAAGAAAAGGUUGAAAACUUAAAGUAGGGGGAACCAAGCCUGCUGGCGGUGAUUUCGGAGAAGUCUUGAAUUCGACUGCAAAUGCUAGUGCCACGGCCACGGAACCACUCACAGAACAGACACGAGAGGGCCUGUGAGAUUCCUACCCUUUGUUCUGCUAUCCACUGCCAGAUGCUGCAAGCGAGAUCCAAGCACAUCUUGUCAACAUUCAUUGCCAUAUGUUUACACCAGAUGUGCUUUUAUUUAGCUUUACAUAUUCCUUUGACCAAAUAGUAGGUAAAAAAAAGUUUUUAAUAUCACUUCUAUUCUUGGGAAACACCCUUUAAUGUGCAUAUUAGGCCCUUUACUUAGGAAACAUCAUUAGUAUCUGGGAACACUCACUAGAAUGAUCUAAGAAGCUGCCGGGUUGUCAUAGUUUCUUUCCUAUUUAGCAAAAUUGCUUUGGAUUUGGGAUGCCAGUUUGAUCUUUGUUUUCUAUAAAAUUUUCCUUUUUCUUCUUUGAACCUUUGUAUAUUUGAUUGCUACCUAAAAUUGUUCUUGUAAUUUUUCUGAAUCCUUAUUAUUCAAAGUUUUGAUGUAAUUUUCUUUACCUCCAAGGGAAGAACUGUCAGCUACAAAAAGUAUUUUUGAAUAAACGCUUUUUUGGUAUGAGGGACAUAUCUUGGGUGUUGAAGACACUGGACUAAGUAAAUCAGCUCUACAUCCAAUUUGUUAUGCUUGUAAGUGCUAAUAUGUACAGUAGUUUAAAAUACACUGACUUGAGAGUACAACCUCUGCAUCUUUUGUUUAUCAUCAUGUGUGACAGGAGCCAUUUCUGUGUAUUAGUUAUCGCGGCACUCAUUAACUUAGUCUCACCAGAUUAGAAUUUUAAUUUCGGUGGUAAAUUGGGGAGAUAGAAUAUUGUAUUAAAGGUAGGAUUUGAAAUAUGAACAUUCUCAUUAAAUGUUCAAUUUAAAGCCUGAGUGUUUUAGGUCUAGGUAACUGUAAAAAGCCUAAAAUUAAUUCACAUUAAGUCUUCAAUUAAUUCAUUUAGCAGCAUUUAAAAUCAGAAGCACAUAAAGUUAUACAACCAAUAUAACUUGAAAAUUUUUUGUACUGUUGGGUUGGUGAUAACUUCUGAGGAUGUAAUGCAUUAAAAAAAAACAAAAACAAAAAAAGUCCUCACUCUCUAUUUAUUUAUUUUUAGAUGUUUUCAAUGUAUUAGAAAGUGUAAAAUGAUAGUAUAGACACUGCCUUCCACCUUUAAAACUGAGUAUUGGGGGUUGAAAGAAUCAAAGCCUCUGGAUGUAUCUGCACAGAGGCUAAGGUACUUUAAUAACUGCUUCCUAACCAAUACCACCUUUUCUUUAUGCUGUAUACAUUUAUGGCCUACGAUGUUGUAUUUGCUAUUUAUCAAGUUGUGAUUGUUUUAUUAUUGUUUAUGCCAAAUGUUAAUUGCCAAGCUUGGAGUGACCUAGAGCAUUUUUUUAAAGCAUGACUAGGUUUACUUCAGGAUAAAUUAUCUUAUGAAAACCAAAUUUAAAAAACCACAGCGUUGAUUGUAAGAAAAUAACUUGCCAUUCUUGAUUGCUAGAGCUUUGUUAGCACUUUAGAUGCAAUUUGAACUAUGCUCUAUUACAUGCAAAAAGCUUAAUAAAUUCUGUGUACCAGUAGUGUAGGUCUCAAUUUUUUUGAGACCAGUGAUCUGGAAACAGCUUAUUGCAAUAAAGAAUCAACUGGUGUCUGUGCUAAAAA